AUGAGAGUACAUCUUGUAGUUCGCAAGUUCGUCACCUAUCUCGCUGCUUUUCAGUCCUUGGUGACUGCAUUUCCGUUCGAUGUUGACAACUAUGCAUCUGUCGCAACAAGUGCAAGUUCUACUGAGAGCCAGAACAUUAAACGCCAAUAUGCCUACGUCACGACAACCGUACCUGAAACUAUCACUUAUACCAGCACUAUUUAUCAAAGUGUAACAUUCUACAUGACGUACACCCGAUACGCAAUGAGGACUAUAACCAUGAACGUGGUUUCAGUGGCUUCUAACCCGCUAAAUGCUGCAGAAUAUAUUUCAUCCACUCAUACAAUUACAGUUACGGAAGCAAGGACGACAAAAGCAACAGCAACAAGAAUAGAAGAAGCAGUAACCCCAGGGCAAGAAGCCCCUGGGACUGCUUUCACUGUAACCCAGACUGCGACUCAGCGAUCUACGAUCACUGAUACCACUCAAGAUGCUUCCAGUCUAGUGAAAACGUCAAUGAUCACCAUUUUUCGAACAACCUUAGUGACAGGACCUCCAACAAUUAUAACACUAUCGCGAACAAGUUUUACGACGUCAUGGCAAGAAGAUAUUAUAAGCACCAGGACUGUUGGGGUUCCGAUGAAAAGGUCUCUGCUUGCAGAUGAGGCGAACAGUUCUAUCAUACCGAAGAAUAUUGCCACUUCGACUGAAUUCACUGUGACUGGUACAGCACCAGUCAUAAGACAUCUCGUACCGUUGACGGGUCGAAGUGUGGUUGUCACUGUUAGUGAAACUGUGACUCCGUCAACAUCGGUGGUUGUCACUGUAACAGUCACCGUCCCUGGUGUUUGGAUAACCAGUACUAUCUUUACUGGAACUAUAGCGAUUACUGCAAUAAAUACGGCAGCUCCUCCGGUGAGCAACAUUGGAUCAGAUAAACCAGCAGACACCAGAACAAUUACAAUGACCCAAACAACAACAGCGUUGGUAACUAUUAUUAGCAGCGAGCCCGCAUCCAGAACGCCUCAAAUAGCUAAUGAUGCCCCAAAUGUAGUGGCAGGAGGUACAGAGACUGUCACUGUGACUGUGACGGAUAUCGCCACGGUACCUGCUGCAAAAACAGUUUCAAGUACCAUCACUCAUUGGGUGACACUUACUGCACUGCCGCGAUUGAGUACAACGACUCAGACAACGACCAUAACCAGGACGAGUGUAACUGAUGUGAUCUAUGUAAAAUAUGUGGGAUUCACAAAUGGUUAG